AUGGCGCACACGACGAUGCUGGCCCAUCAGCAAUUUGACAUAACACCAGUCCGCAACGCCACCGAUCUCGCCGACACCAUCACCCUCUUCCAUGCAUACGCCGCAUCAUUAGGUUUCGACCUGGCCUUUCAGAAUUUCUCCGUCGAGAUGGCCGGUAUGCCUGGGAAAUACUCCCCGGAGGCUGGCGGCGAAUUACUGAUUGCACGUGACGUCGCCAGUGGGAAGGCAAUUGGAUGCGCUGGAUUGCGGUCACUUACUUCAUUACCAUCUACGUUGGCUGGCGGGUCGUCGAACUUGCGGAGGUGCUGCGAGAUGAAGCGUUUAUAUGUCACGCCGGAGGGGCGCGGGUCAGGUGUUGGCAAGGCGCUAGUUUCGCAGAUUAUCAACGUCGCUGAGGAUUUGGGCUAUGCAGAGGUCAGGCUCGAUACCCUGCCGCAAAUGGUCGCCGCACGGAAUAUGUAUCGUGCCAUUGGAUUCUUGGAGAUCGACGCGUAUUACGAGACGCCCAUGGAGGGGACGCAUUUCCUGUGUCUGAAAUUACCGAGGGCAAAGGGCAUGUCUGUUUCUGCUGCGAAUGGUUAG